ACAAAUAAAACAAAUGUCAACCAAAAAGCAUCCUGAAAUUGUUUCGCAGAAAACUCUAGUUGAGGGAAAAUUUCUAAACCUCGUUGAGUUAACAACAGAGAAUCCAGAUGGUACAACAUCUAAAAUAGAAUGAACACAAAGAUCAUGCUGGUCUGAUGAACAUACAACAGAGAUUAUUCAUGAAGAUAUCCAAAAGAACUUUGGAGCUGUUGAUUCAAUAGCAACAGCUAUUGAUCCAAAGACUUCUGAAAGGAUUAUCCUGCUUCAGAAGAACUUCAGACCUCCAGUCAUGAAUUAUGUAGUUGAAUUACCUUCUGGCUUUAGAGAUCCAGGAGAGCCUGACCCUGUUGUCACUGGACUCAGGGAGUUAUAAAAGAAGAGACUGGAUAUACUGGAACAAAUGGCAAAAGUGCUUUUUGAGUUAGAACUUCUCCAAUAGAUGGUGAUGAACGUGGAGCAUUCAUUUAUUGAGAUGUUGACUUAGAAUCAGAAGAGAACAAAAAUCCUAUUCAAAACCUUGAAGAAGAUGAAGAUAUAGAACCCUUCUGGGUACCUCUUAAAGACCUCAAGACCACUCUAGACACCCUCCAUCAAGACCACGGCUACGAAAUCGAUGAAAGACUCUACUCGAUCUCACUCGGCCUCCAAUUCGCCCUGACCUCCCUUUAACCCAAUUUCAACCACUCCUCCUCAAAAU